CACUUCAGCGCCUAUCGACAUCCCUGCCGAAGCGUGCGUCUUGUCAAACGCAGACAGAAUAAAUAACAUUUAGCAAGCCAACAUUUAAUUAACAAACACUUUUUGGCUGUGCAAUUUAGUAGGGAAUCGAACCCUUAAAGAUGUCCUCGCGUUCUUCCGAAGAGCGAAACUAUUUACACCGCAAAUUUGACAGCAGUAGCUACAACCACAAACGGUCGGCAUCAUCCUCGUCAGCCAGGACUGCUUCCUCUGGACACAAGGACCGCCGGUCGGACUUCGAUUACUAUGGCGGCCGUCGUCACCAGCGCUCCGUCUCACGUCGCCGCUCUCGUUCGCGUUCAGGGUCAGGUUCGUCGUCUCCGGCACCCCGUCAUCAUUCCGGUCGCACGUCCCGCGAUCGCCAGAGGAUGCACAAGGCUCGCGAGCAUCCCCAGGCCAGUCGCUGCAUUGGAGUUUUCGGUCUGAACACCAACACCACGCAGCACAAGGUGCGCGAGCUAUUUAACAAGUACGGACCCAUCGAGCGCAUUCAGAUGGUCAUCGACGCACAUACAAAUCGUUCGCGGGGCUUCUGCUUCAUUUACUUUGAUAAACUCGAGGAUGCCCGUGUGGCCAAGGACGCCUGUUCGGGCAUCGAGGUGGAUGAUCGUCGCAUCCGCGUUGAUUACUCCAUAACCCAACGGGCCCACACACCCACUCCGGGAGUCUACAUGGGUCGUCCGUCGCGCAUUGGACAAUCGAGGCGUUCCCGUUCGCCGCGGGCAGGCGGGCGUCGUCGGGACCGCUCUGGCUCACCGAAAGACUACUACGUUCGUCAGCGUAAUGACGACCGUAACGAUCGCUAUGACCGCGGCCACUACACUAGUUCUAGUCGCCACCGCCAAAAAAGCUAUAGCCGUUCGCGCUCUCCCCAACCACGCCGCGGAUCACCGCGCUACUUAGUGCGCCCAGCAGGUAACGAGGCCACUUCCUUAACUCGUGCUCCUAUCUCGGCCUUGCUGGACUGUGUCAAACGGGCUGCGGAGGAGCAUACGACUGAAAAAUUGUGUUUUGGUGAAACCUCUCAUCUAUGGCAUUUGGUUGGCGAGCAGCUCACAACUAGACUAAUUUCCAAAUUCAUCAUUCACCCAAAACCCAAAUUAUAUCUACUCGUUAACCAUUACUGUUGCUGUACAAAAACGUAGUUUGUAAAUAUCAAAUCAAUUACCAUCAUUACAUACAGAUGUCCGCAUAGAUUGUGAUAUGUAUUUUAAAGGCACCGCAGCAAACUGAUAAUGAUAACAAAACUAAACUAAUUUUAACUAUAAUUGUAAUUAUGCAGCAGGUACAUAAUAAAAUUGAACUUGUACAGAACUUUAA